CAUUUAAAGCCCAGCCCCUCUUUUCUCUCUCUCCUCCAAACCCUAACCCACACAAAACAAAAUAAAGAACUAGCAAAGAUGCAAAAAUUCUGAUAUUAUUUAGUUAACUAUAUAUGUCUUUAAGCUCGAAUCAAUAGGAGAUUUUUGGUGUUUAUGUAUAUAAAGCUCUUGGAUCAAGCUGUAGAUUGGAUUAUCAUUUGUAGAAAUAAUAGAUCAUGGAUCCGGUAACAGCUCAUGGGCGUCCAUUACCACCUCCUUUUCAUGCCAGGGAUCUUCAGCUUCACUAUCAGCCGCUUCAGUAUCAGAAUCAGCACCAGCAACAGCAGCAGCAUAAUUCCGAUGAGGGGCAAAGCGGAAGCAGUGGUCUAAGCCACGGCCUUAAACUCGAACGAGGAGAGAUGAUUGACAACAACAACAACAACAAUACUGAUGGAAACGAAUUGGUUUCCAUCACGGGUGGUAGAUCAGAUGGUGAAGGUAGUGGGAACAGGAAGCCUCGAGGAAGACCCGCGGGCUCAAAGAACAAGCCCAAACCACCGAUUAUCAUCACCAGGGACAGCGCCAAUGCUCUCAGAUCUCACGUCAUGGAAAUCGCCAACGGAUGCGAUAUUCAAGAGAGCGUUUCGACUUUCGCUACAAGAAGACAAAGGGGCGUUUGCAUCUUGAGUGGGAAUGGAACAGUCACUAAUGUGACCCUUAGGCAACCAACUGCCCCGGGGGCAGUCAUCACUCUACAGGGAAGAUUCGAGAUCCUUUCCCUUUCGGGUUCAUUUCUGCCCCCUCCUGCACCGCCUGCCGCUUCAGGUUUGACUAUCUACCUGGCAGGCGGUCAAGGGCAAGUUGUAGGAGGGAGCGUGGUGGGGCAGCUGAUUGCCUCCGGGCCUGUAGUCAUAAUGGCCGCAUCCUUCGGGAAUGCGGCCUACGAGAGGCUUCCACUGGAAGAGGAAGACCAGUCAGCUGCUCCGGGGAACGGGGCCCUCGAGUCGCCACCAGGGAUGAUUGGGGGACCGCAGCAGCAGCAACAGCUCAUGCCAGAACACUCUAAUUCUGGCACUUCUCUCUUUCAUGGCUUGAAUCCAAGUAUGCUUAACCAGCUUCCAAGUGAUCAGCCAUACUGGGCAGGUGCACCUAGACCUCCUUAUAAUUAACAAAAUACAGAUCAUCCCAUCUUUGGUUCUCUAUUAUCUCAUCACUUGAUCUUCUCUGGCUAUGAUUAGUAUUAAUCAAUGUUCCUCUUCUUUGUUUAGUUUCUAGUAAGACUACUUUUUAUGUUAAUUAUCUUAGACUUCUCUAUGUGUUAAUUAAUUAUCCAGUUGUUAUAUAAUAUUAUUGUCCUUCACUUCUCA